AUGGCUCUUUCCCAGGGACGGGUGACCUUCAGGGAUGUGGCCAUAGAAUUCUCUCCGGAUGAGUGGGAGUGCCUGGACCCUGCUCAGAGGGCCUUGUACAGGGACGUGAUGCUGGAGAACUACUGGAACCUGGUCUCCCUGGGUGAGGAUAGUUUCCCUCCAGAAGUCGGAUGCCUUUCUGCUGGAUUUGAAAUCAAGGAAUUACCACCAAUAGAGGACAUUAAUGAAGGAGAAUUAUACCACUUAGUGAUACUGAAGAGAAAUGAAAGCCAUAGCAUCAAGGAUUUUGAUCUCAAGAAAGACUGGGAAAAUAUGCAUGAGUUUGAGAGUCACUGGAGAUAUGAUGCAAGAAAUUACAAAGAAGUGCCUUUGACACAUAACAAAAAUCUCACUCAUAGAAAAGAUCAACAGCUUAAUAAAUCCUCAGUUACUUUUCCUCAAAAGCAGAGUAUUUCUGUAAAAAAUAAUACAUACCAAUAUUUCAUGCCUGAUGAGCCAUCUGUAAGGCAUUUGUUAAAACUGGAAAAUAACAUAAGUGGUGCUGGAAAUUGGUACAUAAACUUUUUGGGAAAUAGAAUUGGAUUAAGUUUGCAGGCACACCUGGCUGAACUGCAGAGAUUUCAUACUGAGGAAAAAAUGUAUGAAUGUAAUCCGGUUGAGAAAUCUCUGAACGAUUCCUCUGUUUCACCACUUCAGAGAAUUCCAUCUAAUAUCAAAAACAUUUGGAAUAAAUAUAGGAAGAUUUUAAAAUAUCCUUUGUUACCGGCACAAUACAGAAGAGCAUACACUAGAGGAAAAUCUUACAACUGUAAUGACUGUGGGAAGGCUUUUAGCAAAAGCUCAAACCUCAUGAGUCAUGAGAGAAUUCAUUCAGGACAGAGACCUUACAAAUGUAAUGAGUGUGGCAAAGCCUUUACAGAGCGUUCACAUCUUACUCAACAUAAGAAAAUCCAUACUGGAGAGAAACCUUACAAAUGUAAUGAGUGUGGCAAAGCCUUUAACCAGUGUUCGAACCUCACUAGACAUCAGAGAGUCCAUACAGGAGAGAAACCAUAUAAAUGUAACAUAUGUGGCAAGGUCUGUAGUCAAAAUUCAAACCUUGCAAAUCAUCAGAGAAUGCAUACUGGAGAGAAACCUUACAAAUGUAAUGAAUGUGGUAAGGCCUUUAUCCAGCGUUCACACCUUUGGAGUCAUGAGAGAAUUCAUACUGGAGAGAAACCUUACAAAUGUAAUGAAUGUAGCAAAGCCUUUGCUGAACGUUCAAGCCUUACUCAACAUAAGAAAAUCCAUACCGGAGAAAAACCUUACAAAUGUAAUGAGUGUGGCAAAGCUUUUAAGCAGUGCUCACACCUCAUUAGACAUCAGAAUACACAUCCUGGAGAGAAGCCACACAAAUGUACUGUAUGUGACAAGGCUUUCAUCCAAAGUUCUAGCCUAAUAGAACAUCAGAGAAUUCAUACAGGAGAAAAACCUUAUAAAUGUAAUAAAUGUGGUAAGGCUUUUAUCAGACGGUCACACCUAUGGGGUCAUGAGAGAACUCAUACUGGAGAGAAACCUUACAAAUGUAUUGAGUGUGGCAAAGCCUUUGCUGAGCGUUCAAAUCUUACUCAACAUAGAAAAAUCCAUACUGGAGAGAAACCUUACAAAUGUAUUGAGUGUGGCAAAGCCUUUGCUGAGCGUUCAAAUCUUACUCAACAUAGAAAAAUCCAUACUGGAGAGAAACCUUACAAAUGUAAUGAGUGUGGCAAAGCUUUUACCCAAUUUGCAAACCUUACUAGGCAUCAGAAAAUACACACUGGAGAGAAACCACACAAAUGUGGUGUGUGUGACAAGGCUUUUAUCCAAAGUUCAAGCCUUAUGGAACAUCAAAGAAUUCACACAGGAGAAAAACCUUAUAAAUGUAAUAAAUGUGAUAAGGCUUUUAUUAAACGUUCUCACCUUUGGGGUCAUGAGAGAACUCAUACUGGAGAGAAACCUUAUAAAUGUAAUGAGUGUGGCAAAGCCUUUACGGAGCAUUCACAUCUUACUCAGCAUAAGAAAAUCCACACUGGAGAGAAACCUUAUACAUGUAAUGAGUGUGGCAAAGCCUUUACGGAGCAUUCACAUCUUACUCAGCAUAAGAAAAUCCACACUGGAGAGAAACCUUAUACAUGUAAUGAGUGUGGCAAAGCUUUUACCCAGUUUGCAAAACUUACUAGGCAUCAGAAAAUACAUGGUGAAAAGAAACAUUAUAAAUCUAGUAUGUGUGGCAGUGGUUUUAUUCAAAGCUCAAGCUUUGGGGAUCAUCAAAGAAAUUACAGUAGAAAGAAACCUUACAAAUAA